AUGAAGGUGUCAUCGUUAUUAUCCGGAAUUGCUGUUCUCAGCACUUCUGCGGCGGCUACCGAGAAGAGCGGGGGAUUCGGCAGUCGGCCAGCCCCAUGGAUCAAAUACAAUGUCCCUCAAGAUUUUUAUAAUCCCAAAGGGCUGGCUCGUCCGGCCUUUCGAUACUGGGUUCCGGAUGCAGACGUGGAAGAUUCUGUCCUGUAUGCAGAUCUACAACAGAUCAAGCAAGCAGGAUGGGGAGGAGUUGAAGUCAUCUGCUUAGAGAAUUAUGGCAUUGAACUGGCUGUGGUAGAUCCAGCAAUUUAUGGCUAUGGGGGUGAUAAAUGGCGACAAAAGUUCAACACAAUGCUGCGUGCUUCCAAAGACUUGGAGCUCCUCGUGGACUUUGCUUUAGGGCCAACACAGGGCGCUUCCAUACCAAUUUUGGACCCUGACUCUCCGGGAAUGAAUACUGAGCUGGCAUAUGGCAUUGUCAACUUGAGUUCCGGCCAAGCGUUUAGCGGAGAUAUUCCACCCCCCAGCCGUACAAAUGCGGGAUAUGCCAACAAGCCAGAUUUCGAUGCGCCUUUCACAAACUAUACAAACAAAUUUGUUGCAGCUGUUGUUGCACGUAUAAGCAAAGGUGAUGUACGAGUAACCCAACUCGACUUUGAUGGUGUUGAUGAUAUCACGCACUUAAUCGAAGAUGGCAAAUUGACUUACACCGCGCCAGCUGAUGGAAAUGAAUACGUCCUAUUUGCAUUUUAUCAGCGUCGUACUGGCUAUUUAGCUGCACAAGGAGCGUUCAAUAAUGCCACCGAUCCAAAAAAUCCAGCUUCUUGGUUUGCUUAUGUUGUUGACCAUUUCAGUCAAGAAGGGACCGAUAUCUGGACUGGCUUCACAGAACAAUACGUCAUGAAUGGCGAGAAUGGCGAUCUUCUUAGACAGCUCGGCUUGUAUGCAUGGGAAGAUUCAGCCGAGUUCCGCGCGACGUUGUUCUGGACGGAUGAAUUGAGGUCAUACUUCCAUAAAACACGCGGAUAUGAUAUUACAACUGCCUUACCGGCUCUGUUCGGCACGAGCGGCCUUCCGCCAAGCACACUGGCAAACAGUUACUUCUACUACGCCUUUAAUAACCAUGAGAAUGGAACGGAUAUCAGCUGGAAGCUACGAAAUGACUACUAUCAGUGCCUCCAAGAAAUGUACGAGCAGUAUCACCUUGAUGGUCUCUCGAAAUGGACAAGCAAAUGGGGUCUUCAAGGAAGUUUACAACCCUAUGCCACUGCACCGAACGCAGCGCCGCCUUGGGACAUGAACUCGGCAGCUGCGCACAUUGACGCUCCUGAAACAGAGUCCAAUUACUUUGAUGGAGUCAUUGAUGCUUUCCGUGCAAUGGGCGGCGGAGCCAUGAUGGGCAAAAAGCAAAUCUUUUCCAGUGAACUUGGGGCACACCGUUAUUUCUCGUACGCUGCCACAUGGCCACUUAUCCUUAAUGAUUGCAAGAUCAAUUAUGCAGGCGGAGUUAACCGAAUCGUUUCUCAUGGCUUCCCAUACUCCGGGCUUCGACCGCAGGUCGAGUGGCCUGGACUGACAACAUUUGAAUGGUUGUACUCUGAGAUGUGGGGGCCACGGCAGCCCAGUUGGUCAUACGUCAAGGAGAUGGGAGAUUGGAUGGCUAGGACUCAACUUAUUCUCCAAACUGGUGUGCCGAGGAUAGAUAUUGGCAUAUAUCGCCACAAGUAUCUCUCUGUUGACAUUAAACAUUACAAUAUGGGAGAGAACAUAUUCUGGGAUCAAUCGCUCCAGGAUGCUGGAUACUCCUACGUUUCUGUGAGCCCUUCACUACUGAAACUGGAUAACGCAAUCAUUUCAAACGGGUUGUUGGCGGAGAAUGGCCCCGGUUUCUCUGCCUUUAUUGUAGACAAUUCAACCAACAUUACGUCUGAAGCUGUUGAUCGAUUCCUAGAGUAUGCCAACCAUGGGUUUCCCAUCCUUUUCGUGGGCGGGGUUCCCGAGACAACUCCCUACUAUUGUGAUUCAUGCGACCAGCAUGUUAAACAAGAGGUACAAAAGUUGACCAAAUACCCCUCGGUCAAAGUCCUUCAGUCAGAGAGCGAAGUUGUGGGCGCUUUGGCAGCACUCAAUGUGCAACCCGCGGCAAAGAAUCUCUCUCCAACUCCCAUCUUAUACGUCCAUAGGAUCGACGAGGAUAAUCGUGUUGAUUACUAUUGGGUGUAUAACUCAGAUAUAUACGAAGACCAUGCCACAGAGGCUUCAAUCAGAGGCAGUGGCAUUCCGUACACACUAGACGCUUGGACUGGUGUCAUCACGCCCAUUGUCAACUACACGAUAUCUGGGGAUAGAUUCAAUGUCUGGAUCGAGCUUCGAUCAAAUCAGUCUACAAUCCUGGCGUUUGCUCCCCAUGGAUUCUUCCCUCACGUUCCAGUCCCGGAUAUCCAUGUUACUAAGACAGAUGUUGAAUAUCUCAACUAUUCGGCUAGUAGCCACUCUAUCAUCGCUCGGUCUGCCUCAAAGGAGAACAAAAAAAUAACGCUGAGUGAUGGCCGAGUCUUCACAUUGAGCGGCCUCGAUCAGCACUCUAAUCCAGCAGCACUUGGUCCAUGGAAUGUCACCAUCCAGGAUUGGCUUCCUAACCCAGACAAAUUCAACAACUAUACGUCGGUAUAUCAAUAUCACAAUCUUCAGUUAGACGAGCUUAUUCCCUGGUACAACAUCUCAGGGCUCAGCAGCACAUCCGGUAUUGGUACUUAUAAAACUCAGUUUACUUGGAAUCCUGAUGGCAAAGUUAACGGCGCUUUGUUGGACUUGGGACCAGUAUUCAACACUAUCCGACUUUGGGUCAAUAGCCACUGGACUGGCCCUAUUGAUAUCACAGAUGCAGUUGUCGACAUCACGCCAUUCUUGAAAUCGGGCCUUAAUGAGGUGAAAAUUGAGGUUUCAUCUACACUUAGAAACAGACUGCUUCAAGUCAACGUCACAGAAUCGUGGGAGCAAUCACAAUACGCAAGUAGCUAUGGUGGCCAACCAUAUGGUCUCGCAGCACCUGUGAAGCUAAUCCCGUUUGCUGAGAAAGUAAUUAAGCUAUAA